AUGGCGCCCUCGUCGCUGUUACCGGAUAGGCUGUCAUCCCCACGUCGGUUUUCCACCACCUACAUCGCAAGCGCCAUCUCUACAGCAACCUCGCCGUUGCAAGCGUCCUUCCAGCUUAGCUGCCGGUCGCCCAUCCGGCCCACUUAUGGCGAGCUAAACGAUGAGCCGAGAAGGCUCAACAGCAGCACAACCACCACCACCACCAACAACAGAAGCCCGGGGUAUUACAGAGAGCCCGCGAGCCCUUUGCCGUUCAGCUUGGGAAUACCGGGCUCGAGCGUGAGAAGCAGCGAGGUCCGCCCCGACGGCCGCGCCCACUACGAGGAUCCAGGGAGGAAAUCGUUCCAAGAGCUAACCGCAGCGAGCGAGACAUGGCUGCUGCAGGAACUCGGCCCAGGGCUUCUUGCCUCCCCGCUGGAGGCGGCACCUAGAAGACAGCACCAGCGGCGGAGGAGGAGGCGGAGCGACGCGGAGAGGAAGCUCGGCGUCGUAUCAGCCAUCAACAUCAUCGUGGGCAAGACGAUAGGUGUCGGCGCGUACUCGGUGCCCAGCGCCAUCUUUGCCGGCGUCGGGUCCGUCGGCAUGACGCUGCUGCUGUGGGUGCUCGGCAGCAUCAUCUCCUUCUGCGGGCUCGCCGUAUACUUGGACUUUGGCACGGCCAUGCCGCGCAGCGGCGGCGAGCGCGUCUACCUCGAGCGCAUCUUCCGGCGCCCGCGCAUGCUGGCUACGUGCAUGUUCAUGGCGUACGUGGUGCUGCUGGGCUUCUCGACGCCCAACGCCAUCGUGCUGGGCGAGUACACGCUGUACGCGCUCGACGCGCCCGUGAACCGCUGGAACGUACGCGUCAUCGCUGUUGCCGCCGUGUCGUGCCUCUGCUGGAUCCACUCGCGCCACCCGCGCCUCGGCCUCCGCCUGAUCAACGUGCUGGGCGUGGCCAAGAUGCUGAUCCUCGUGUUUGUGGUCAUCGCCGGAGUCGUGGGUGGGCUGAUGGGCGUCGGUAGCGACCUCAGCGAGGGAGAGCGAGUUCUCCUCGCGCCCAGGCGGCUCGACGUGGUGUUCUCCGGUGUUUCUAGUAGUAGCAGCAGCACAGCCCAGAGAAAUUUCAGCGACGUCUGGGCCGGCAGUAGCACGCAGCCCUACGACUACGCGACGGCGCUGCUCAAGGUCAUCUACUGCUUCCGCGGCUACAGCACGGCGAACCAGGUGCUGGACGACGUCCAGGACCCCGUGCGCACGCUCAAGAUCGCCGCGCCCGUGGCCCUCAGCAUCGUGUCGCUAGCCUACCUGGCCAUCACGGUGGCCUUUUUUCUCGUCGUCGACAAGAACGACUUCAAGUCGGCCGGCAUCGUAGUCGCUGGCGUCUUCUUCCGCAACGUCUUCGGCCCCGGCGCACCCUCGCACGUCAUCCUGCCCUUGUUUAUCAUCAUCUCGGCCGCCGGCAACAUCGCCGCCACGAGCUUCGCCCAGGCCCGCGUCAACGAGGAGCUCGCCAAGGACGGCUUGCUGCCGUGGUCGCGGUUCUGGAGGACUAGCAGCAGCAGACAAGCCUCUGCUCCUCCAGCCGUCGACCACGCCCUCGAUGACGACGAUGGCUAUGACGAUGACAGCCACAGCGAAAGCAGUGCCAGCACCAGCGACAGCAGCUCCACCCACAACUACCCUCACCACGAAUACCAUCACCACGCGCUAGCAGAGUUCAAGGCGCUCCCGCUCAUCACCCGAACCAAACCCCCACAGCACAAAAACAAACCAUCACCACGCUCUGCCGCCCCCACCACCGCCGGCGCUCCUCCGACCCGCGGCCUGCUGCUGCACUGGCUCAUAUCAACACUGGUCAUCGUCCUGCCGCCGCCAGGCCGCAUCUACAACUUCCUCGUCGACGUCGGCAGCUACCCGGUCAGCGUGCUCGGAGUAGCCAUCAGCUGCGGACUACUCUACCUGCACUCCUCGUCUGCCUCAAAAUACCGCACGCCGUUCCGGGCCCCGCACCCCGCCGUCGCCGUCUUCGCGGCCAGCAACUGCCUGCUGUUGAUCCUGCCGUGGGUGCCGCCGGCGGGCGGGCGCGAGGACGGCGGCGCCGCGGGGUUCGUCUGGUUCGCGUACCCGGCGACGGCGCUGGCCGUGCUCGCCGCGGGCGCUGCGUGGUGGACGAGAGAUGCGGUUGCUAUGGACGGCGAGAGAACGGCGACGUUGGUGGUUGACGAGGCGGCGCAGCGGCUGCUUUUUGUCGUUGACUACGACGAUGAUGAUGACGACGACGACGAAGUAGAAGAACAACACGGGGCAGCGGGAUUGCCGUAG